AGUAUCUGCAAGCUUCUCGUGCCGAACUCAUGAAGACUGCCGCACGCGUUCUACCUUUCACCGUUCUGCCAUUUUCCCCCAACAAAAUCUUAUGUUUAACGGAGGACGACGACCGGGACCAAAAGAAGCUCAAGUGCUUGUGCUUCUUCAGGAGGCCCAUAUUCGAGGUUCAUCUCGUUAUCGAAAGCAUCCGUACCAACACAGAAAGCUACGACUUCGUGCGAACCAGCAACGAAAGAUCACUGACCCAGCAGACCCAUCCACGGUGGUUGAGGCGUCAGUAUAUAGAUGGCUAUGCUCGCUGUACGUCUCGUACAACAAAAGAAGAGAAAGAUGCUUCAGCGCUGGAGACGAAAGCUGCGCUUUUGGCCUUAUACCUGGAACCGUGAGUCGAACUUGUGGAUGAGUCUACACCAUGGGGGAUUUCGAACUAUUGCUGGAGCUGUAUAUCCCGUUCGUAGGCGUGUACGAUAGGACAGGACUGUCUGACAAAUCCAUAUCAAGGUGGUGCAUAUAAUAAACAGGGCGUUAUUAUGAAGAAACACCAACCUAUUUUUUUUUCUUUGUCUACAUGUGAACAGUGUCAUUCCGAAUAGAAGAGUUAUUGAUUGAUUGAUUAACUAAUUGAUUGAUUAGUGGGGUUUUGUGGCACAAGGGCCAUAGGUGGCCAAAGAGCGCCAUGUCUUUAUGUGUUGUAAGCGGUGACCGAUGGUUGCAAUGAUGGUGUAUUUUGGCUGUAU